AGCGAAGAGCCGCCUCCUGCAGGCUCCAGCUGCUAGCCCCAAACACCCUUCCCUGGUUACACCAUACCGCCGCUCAGCAAAAGCCGAGGACGGGCCUAUAAAUCGCCCAAAAACCCCAGGCCACACACACCACUACUUUACCACCACAACUCCCAGCCCCUGCAAACUCACACAGAAGCAACAGCAGUGCAGUGCCUGCAGCAGCUCAGGCCAAGCGGGAUGAAGCUUCAGGCCACGGCCGCCCUGGCUCUCCUCCUCUUCCUCCUCCUGGCGCCUCCCUCGCCUCGUGUCUCCAUGGCCGGAUCAGGGUUCUGCGACGGCAAGUGCACGACGAGGUGCUCCAAGGCGAGCCGGCACGACGACUGCCUCAAGUACUGCGGGAUCUGCUGCGCCGCCUGCGGUUGCGUGCCGUCCGGGACGUUCGGCCACAAGGACGAGUGCCCCUGCUACCGCGACAUGACCACCGGCCACGGCAACCGCACCAGGCCCAAGUGCCCAUGAUCAUGAGCACUUACUACUGUAGGCUAAGCACCCAUACAUGCACGCACACACCAUGACCAUGAGCAUGGAUGCAUGUCCGAGUCUUUGGGAGAUCUGUGCCGGCCUGCUAGUACUCUGCUUGGCACCUGAACCUUCUGGUUUCACUUGCUGCUAGCCUGCUCUGCUAUGUACAUGGGACAGGAGAAAUGGAGCUGAUGUGGUGAUGGUAUUAGUGUUAUAUACUGGCCAGUGGCCAGGUGGUAAUAUUGAUGCGUAUUGUAAUAAUAAAGCCUUGGCUUAAGAGCUAGUAGAUGAGAUGCUAGUAGA